AUGUCCACUGCAGCUAUGGCAGCUGCAAAUACGCUGCGAGCCAAGCAAAAGCCUCUCAAGGACAAGUAUCGAACGGAGCCUUCUGCAGCCCUGGUGACGCUAUCCACGUCUGGAAGUCUUGAUCCUACCUCAACAAACUUGACAUGUUCACUAUCCACUGGUGCAGCCGCUCGGAAGGUUGCUGGGCUGCAUCGGGCCGCCGGUGGUGAGGGAUUCGACGCUUCAGGUGAACUCUGCUCGGGAGACAUGCUCCUUGAGUCGCUUGUGGCUUGUUUCGGAGUGACAGUGCGUGCGGUGGCCACGAGUCUUGGAAUACCUUUGAAGGGCGGGACAAUCAUUUCCGAAGGAGACCUCGACUUUCGAGGGACGAUGGGUGUCAAGGAUCCUGAAGGCAACGCAGUGCCUGUAGGCUUCAAGAAGAUCAGGCUCAUCGUCCGAUUGGACGUCGACGAAGAAGAUAGAUCCAAAGUCGAGAAACUCGUUGAAUUGAGUGAGCGGUAUUGUGUCGUUCUCCAGACACUCAAGGGAGUUGAAGUAGAGACGAAACUGGGACAUAUGGGUCACACCAGACCUGAUGCUACGGGUGAGACCAACAAGCACCUGGAUGGAGGAGCUGCAAAUGGCCAGGACGUCCCUGCAAAUGAAGAUGUCCUUAGAGUCAAUUGA